AUGAUGAAGAAAAGCAACGUGGUCCAAUCUUCUUCUUCCUCUGAAUCGCAUCUUCAAACCACGUUGAAUUUGAAAUUGGUUUGUCUCAGAUUGGAAACAGAACAUUGCUUUGGCUUGGAGGUUAUGCGUGGAAACAAAGGUCAUGAGGAAAGAAAGAAUUUUGGCUCAAGUAGUUUCUUUUGGAAAUUGUUUGAUGGGCCUUUAUGGAGACAAAUUGAACUUUUUUUUUGUAAAUUGUAA